AUGCUGGAUUUUAACAACCUUCGCUUUUUCCCUUCACUCUUUGAAGACUUAUCCUACAUUAUUAUUAAUGAUACUAAAUUACACUUUAAGAAUUUUUCCCUUAAUUUAUAUCCUAAUAAUACGAAUACCUUCCCCUUUAAAGAUACGACUGUUACGAUACAUAGCCCUAAUAUUGCAGGUUUAAUUACCGACCCCCUACGGACUUAUUAUGAAAAUUAUCAGGUCACACCUUAUACGGAAAGCUACAGUAAAAACACUUCUCCUAAAAGCUCAACCUCUGACUCUACUAGUUCCACUUUCUCUAAGUAUUUUUACUAUCAAGACCAGACUCAGACUCUUACGUCAACUACCCUUAACAAACACAACUCCCCAGAAGUUAAAUUAGGCCACACUUCCCCUUUACAAGUCGAGCUUACUAUUGAUUCUCAACAGCUACGGAAUGCUCCUAAAAAAGUAGUAAGGUUUGAGGAUACAGAACUCUAUUCUAGGCUUAAACUAGAUACCAAAGCUGAGGUGGCCGAUGUUACAGCUAAUAUUAAACCAGUUGAAUCAGACUUUAAUGAUAAUCCCUUAGCCCAAACUGAGAAUAUCUCUUCUUUACGUAAAUUAAAUACUGAUCUAGGUACAAAUGUUUACCCUACUAGUCUACACGAUGAAUUAUUCAAGAAAAAGGUUAUUUUUGAAGAAAAGAAUAACCUUUUAUCACAACUUGAAAUCAGUAACAUUAACUUAGAAUUUAAAGUUACGAAGAUUGAACAGGAAUCUUCUAACCUAGUCAAACAAAAGCUGGAAUUAACUAAACAGUUUAAUAUUAAUAACAUCAAAGAUGUAGAUCAUAUUCCUUCUAGUAUCAGAGAUAAGUACAAAAAUGCCUAUCUAUCUAUUACUAAUAUCAACCAUGAUAUUACAACUAGUAUACACAAUAUCAAAAAUAAACUUGAUUUCAUGGAAAAUACUAAAAUUAAUCUCAUUAAGGAGAUUAAUGAUAAUACUAAAAGCAUAUCCAAUCUUAAGUAUAACCAAACCCUAUUAGCUAAAGAGAUACAUGAUAUAGAAAAGAUCACAGGGAACAUUGCUAGAACUCCUCUUAAUUAA